AUGAAGCUCAUUCUUGGUUCCAUACUCGCCCUUGCGGCAACACAUUUGGCUGCGCUUGCUGUGCCCAGCCAUAGUCUGGGUGGUUUCAGAGUCAUCGAACACCCUGAUGCCGACAAACGUGCACUCUUGCAGGAUCUGGUGACAUGGGACGAGACGUCGUUGUUCGUCCGCGGUGAGCGGAUCAUGAUAUUCAGCGGUGAAGUACACCCAUUCCGACUCCCCGUGCCGUCGUUAUGGCUAGACGUCUUCCAGAAAGUGAAAGCUCUUGGCUUCAAUUGCGUAUCUUUCUAUGUAGACUGGGCAUUGGUCGAAGGAAAGCCUGGCAAUUAUACUGCCGAAGGGGUGUUCGCACUCGAGCCAUUCUUCGAGGCUGCCAGCUCUGCUGGUGUCUACCUCUUGGCUCGACCAGGUCCCUAUAUCAAUGCAGAAGCCUCUGGCGGAGGAUUCCCAGGCUGGCUGCAGAGAAUCAAAGGCAGGCUUAGGACGACAGAUCCGGACUAUAUCGCAGCUACUCAAAACUAUGUUAGUCACGUAGCUAGCACAAUCGCGAAAGCUCAAAUCACCGAUGGCGGACCCAUUAUCUUGUACCAGCCUGAGAAUGAAUAUUCUGGCUUCUGUUGCGGGCUGAGCAAGCCGGACGGCCAGUACAUGCAAGAUGUGAUGGAUCAAGCUCGAGACGCAGGAAUUGUUGUGCCUUUCCUGAGCAAUGACGCUGGCGUAAAUGGGUACAAUGCUCCUGGUACGGGUGUCGGAUCCGUGGACAUCUAUGGCCAUGACAACUAUCCGCUCGGCUUUGACUGCGCGAAUCCAACUGUGUGGCCAGCGGGCAAGCUUCCCACUGACUAUUGGCAAAGGCAUCUUCGACAAAGCCCAACCACGCCUUACAGCAUUACAGAAUUCCAAGCGGGGUCCUUCGAUCCGUGGGGCGGUCCGGGCUUCGCGAAAUGUGGUGUUCUGGUCAACAGCGAGUUCGAAAGAGUCUUCUACAAGAACGACCUUAGCUUCUCCGUGAAGAUCUUGAACUUGUACAUGACUUACGGUGGCACUAAUUGGGGUAAUUUGGGACAUGCUGGGGGUUACACGUCUUACGACUACGCUGCUCCAAUUGCUGAAGGACGUCAGGUUGAUCGAGAGAAGUACAGCCAGUUGAAACUGAUUGGCAACUUCGUCAAGGUAUCUCCCGCUUAUUUCGAAGCGGACCCUUUGCACAACUCGACGUCCCUCUAUACUAAUACUGCGGAUCUGAUCGUUACACCUGUGAAAAGCAACAGUAGCGCAACGACAUUCUUCAUCUUGCGACAUAACAACUAUACCAGUCAAGCAUCAACCCCAUAUAAGCUGAUGCUGCCCACCAGUGCCGGCAACUUGUCCGUGCCACAAUUGGGAGGUACAUUGUCCUUGAAUGGACGUGACUCGAAGAUUCAUGUGACAGACUAUGAUAUCAAUGGAACCAAUAUCCUUUACUCAACAGCAGAAAUAUUUACCUGGAAAGACUUUGGUCACAAGAAGGUGCUGCUUGUGUAUGGUGGUCCUGGCGAGCAUCACGAGAUGUCAAUUUCAUCGAGCUCUUCGCCAUCGCUUAUCGAGGGGACACAAUCUGGACUCACUCUGCAGAGUGGUUCUCGGGCUGUAAUAGCAUGGGAUACUGCUCCUCAGCGCCGCAUCAUCCAAUUGGACAACCUACAGAUCUUCAUACUUGACAGAAAUUCAGCAUACGACUAUUGGGUUCCGGAGCUCUCAAGCAAUGGACCAACGCAAGAUUUCAGUUCUCAGAAGAGCACUGCCGCGUCGAUCAUAGUGAGAGCAGGCUAUCUGGUCAGAACUGCAUACUUGAGUGGCAGUGCAUUACACUUGACGGCUGACUUCAACGCGACAUCUCCAAUCGAAGUCAUAGGGGUGCCGACUGCCGCGAAGUCAUUAUUCGUGAAUGGACAGUGUGUGCAGUAUACCGUCGGGGACACGGGAGAUUGGUCCACUAAUGUCGCGUGGACUGAUCCAAUGCUCACCUUGCCCACUCUAAGCAGCUUGGACUGGAAGUUCGCUGACAGCCUCCCGGAAAUCCAACCAGCAUAUGACGACUCGCUCUGGCCUCUCGCCAACCACCCCACGACGAAAAACACUUGGCGCAACUUGACAACUCCAACUUCUCUCUACUCAAGUGAUUAUGGCUUCCAUAGUGGCUCAUUCCUUUAUCGCGGGCACUUCAGUGCACAGGGAAACGAAUCGAGCAUUUAUCUCAACACUCGCGGAGGUACGGCCUAUGGACACUCGGUCUGGCUCAAUCAGACCUUCAUUGGCUCCUGGUCUGGCGUUAGCACUGCGAAUAACACAAACGUAACAUAUAAUCUGCCACAGGUGCAGGCCGGUAAGCCAUAUGUGUUGACUGUCUUGAUCGACCACAUGGGAUAUGACGAGAAUGGCGCUGUUGGUGGCGAUGAGAUGAAGACUCCUCGUGGUAUCCUCGACUACAACCUUGCAGGACGUGAUAAGUCUGCUAUCACCUGGAAGUUGACCGGCAAUCUCGGUGGCGAGGACUAUCGUGACAGAGCUCGUGGCCCGCUCAACGAAGGGUCAAUGUACGCCGAGCGACAAGGCUGGCACUUGCCGAAUCCACCGAACGAGAACUGGGAAUCACGGAGUCCACUUGAUGGCAUCUCUCAGCCGGGAGUAGGCUUCUUCAGCACUCAAUUCGAUCUCAACAUCCCUCAGGGCUGGGAUGUGCCACUGUCAUUCGAUUUUGGCAACAGCACACAUCCCCCAUCUGAGUACCGAGUGCAGCUCUUUGUCAACGGGUUUCAAUACGGGAAAUAUGUCAAUCACAUCGGGCCCCAGACUAGUUUCCCUGUACCACCAGGAGUAUUGAACUAUCAAGGCACCAAUUGGCUGGCACUGACAUUGUGGGCGCACCAGCCUGAAGGAGCGAAGUUGGAGAGUUUUCAACUCGAGAACGACACACCGGUCAUGUCUGCUUUAGGGAUUAUUGAAUUCGUUGGACAAUCAGGGUAUGCCCAAAGAGAAGGUGCAUAUUGAAGAAGAAGCA